AUCAGGGAAAAGCCAUUCGCCGGUGUUCCUUGCUUUACAACUUUGUAUUAAACUAAAUCCUGAAUCAACGAAAUAGUUUCGUACGCAAGUACUUACAAGUGCGUUUUUCUUCUGCAAUAUUAUGAAUCGACAUAUGCUGUUCUUGAAUGCAUUUUUAGCACUUCUGCAUUUCUCCAUACAAGAAAAUUUGAAAUGCCUUGUCUGUGGGCAAGUUGUGGCUGGGAUAUUAACUGCAAUAAGGAAAGAAGAUCCCCGAAAGACCAUUCAAGUUGGCAGCUUCAGAAUAGAGCCAGAUGGUUCUCAAAAACAAUCACAGAUUAAAUAUGCUGGAUCUGAAUUGCAUUUGAAUGAAAUUUUGGAAACAGUUUGUGAUAUGUUGGAUGAUUUUGCUCAAGCAAAGAACAAAGAAACAGGAGCUUUGGCAUUGAUAAAUUUGUCUGAAGGUGUAGAUAAGCUGAGCACACAUGAACUGAUAUCAGACCCUGACCUCAAUCGUGGCCUUAAAUAUUAUUGUGAAAGUUUUGUUGAAGAUCAUGAUGAGGAUAUCAUUAGUCUGUUUAAAAAGUCACCUGACAUUUCGACAGAAGAAUCAAUAACAAAGCUUUGCAGUCAUUCCGCAGGUUAUUGUUCUUCAGAUAAACAUAUUGAAUUAUAGAAUUACAGCAAAUUAGUUAAUUUCAUCUUGUAAGAGAAAAGUUAAAUUUUUUUGGAAUGAAACACUUGAAAUGUAAUUUUCAAGUCUCUCUAUAUUCCUUCCUUUUCAUAAAAGUUUUCUUUUGUGGUAUUUAUAAAAUGAAUUUGUACACUUUUCAAUAAUAUACUGCAAAGCACUUUAUUCUUUGGCAAGAAUUUUAGUAUAUAUUUGUUAAAAAGAAGUUCCUGAUAUAUAUUCUGGCAUCAAAGCUUCCUAGUGAUAAAUAUUUCAUAAUUUAAGUAAAAAUGAGAUGAUUUAGCGAAAAAAUUUUUUUUCUAAGCUCAUUUAUAAAGUCAUACUUAGAUAUUUAGGUUUAAUCUGUUAUCCAAUAUUAUGAGCUGUUAGUAAUAUUGAUUCCUUACGCAAAGUGCACAUUUGUCCUUUUGUAAAUUUUUUUAAAUAAUUAUUUAUCUCAACAAAGAUAGUGCCUUAUUAAGAUAUGUAUAUGACAUUUUACAUGCUAAUUUAAAUUUAUAUUUUAAAUAAUAUUCAUAUAAGAGAAAUAACUUUUUUCUGCUAAUGUGAAUUUUAGCUUUGUAAACCAUUCUAACCAAGAUUUAAUUUGUGAAACAGUUUUAGUUAUGCUGUUCUAAUUUUUUCAUUUUAAUUGACUAACAUUUCAUCAUAAUUCUCUUUUUAAAAAGUAAUUUAAUUUGAUUUUGUUGCAUUGAUUUAAAUCUUAUCUGUUUUUAGAAUUCACUUUAUGUUGCAAUUUUGAAAAUGUUAACUUUUAUGCAUCUAAACAAAAUCAUAUCUCAUUGUAUGCAGCAUUUUAUCGACAUGUUAAUUACAAAGUGAUUUUUUUUCCAUACAAGAUGCUCUUUGUUGAGAAUUAAAAAUUUAAUUUUACAGCUACUGUGAAAAAUCUUUAAGUUUGAUGUGUGUAAGCAAAUUAGGCAACAAAAUUGUAUUCAUUAGAUUUCAAGAAAGAAAAAAAAGCAUUCAUUUGAUAUGAAAUAGAAUCUCAUUCUUAUCUUGUACAUUACAUUUUGAUAUCAUAGAGUAAAUUUUCUACUUUCAUAAAGUAAGCAGACCUUUUUUUGCUGCAAUUUUUAUAUUGAAAAUGUCUUGUGUUUGUAUGAAAAACAAAGGACUUGGUACGUAGUUAUUACAUUUUGAAAUGGUCUUUAAACCAUGUACUUCGAUUACUUAAUGACAAAUGUGUUACACUUGUUUUGAAUUAUCUAUUAAUCAGCUUGUUUUAUUAAUAAUUUGAAAUUAACUGCAUCCUAAAUAUUCAUGAAGUCGAUGUAUAUUUCAAAGCUUAAUAUGUCUAUUAAAAAUCAAACUUCCUACAGUAAAAUAUUUGCAAGCCUCAGUUCUGUACCUCAGAGCCUGACUAACUUUGGUCACAUAAUGCUGCUUUACAGGAGAGUAGAAAAAAGUCGUUUGGUGCAUACAAAAGAACUGGACUUGUGCUCUUUUAACACUGGUAAGUUAUUACAAAGGAUUUUUUUUCAGAGUUACGUUCAUAUGACUCGAUGUGUAAUAGGAUUCUAUUGCACAAUGCACUCAUAACCGCUAAAUCACAAUUUUUGGGCCUGCUUUAGUCUCGCUCUGAUGUACAGAGUUUAUUUAGUUAAUCUAUAAAAAAUAUUUAAGCUAAAUCACAUGUUUAUUUACUUUGAUACAUUAACAAUGAAUUACUGUAGAUGUCAUUAAAAUGUUCAGCAACUUUCUGUCUAUUUAUAAAAGUAAAAUUAUGGUCAAAUCUACAAGUUUAUUUUGAUUUUGUUCAAAGUUUAGGUGAAUAAUACAGAGUUCAGUGCUUGCAUUCUUUGUAAGCUGCAAUUGACUUAGAAUCCAACAAAGUGAAAUGUGUAUGACAUGGAAUCACUUCCUGUGCUUUUGUAGUUGCAUUUUUAAGUUAUAUCCAGAGCUGCCAACUGCUGUCAAAAAAUUAUAGUUUCUACGUUUUGAGUUACAAAUCUUUUCAUCCAUAAGCUGACUUACUUUGCAUUGAAAAAGGGGUUUCUUGCAACAUAAAAACACAUGAAUGUAGUAACCUGCAAUUUUACACUGUUAUUUUUUUCUUGUUUUUACUAAUUUAGAUUUUCAAAAGUUGGCAGCUCUAAUUAUAUCACCAAAGAAAAGUGUUUCUGAUGCAUAUGAAUCUUUGACAUAAAGAAGCGUCACAGAGUAGUAGCCACUGGGCUGAUGUGCUGUGAUUGAGAGCACCAUUUAAUGACGUAAAUAACGUUUUUGAAGCCAGUCUUUUGCCAGGUUUAACUUAACCAUUGUGCUGCUGAAAAUGAUAUUAGUUAUGUCCUUAACUUCACCAUAUGUACCUACUUGGUGUUAAAGUUACAAUGUAUAGUCUAAAAAUUUCAUCCAAGUAUCUUUGAAAACACUCCCGAAAUCAUGACUGAUCCAUCUCCAUUUCGGCAAUAAAUUUGUAUGCUCUUCUAAAAGCAUUGAACAGGCCAAUAGUUACUUUUGCCAUGUGGUCCAUCUCAUUAAAAUUCUUUAUUGUUGAAAAGAUCAUGUAUUACCACUUAUAUCGCCUUACUCCAUUUUAGUUCUGGAAAUGUUUAAAUAUUUAUUCCUCUGAAUUUUAAAGUCAGUAGUAGUUUUCACUAUUUCCUGUACUAAGUUCCUGGAGCGUUUUGAAAUGCUCAAGAAACUUCUUUAGACCCCUUACCUUUAGAUUCUCUUGCUUUAGUUGAAGAAAACUUGUUGCUCACAGUAAAUUUUUUAAUAGUGCAUUUGUCUCUGUUAGAAAAACACCAUUCAUAAUCUGAGAAUUUUUUGCCAUCACCAUUAAUUCCCAGUUUUAGAAGAUUAUUUAUGGCACAUUGAGAAUGCUCAGCUCUCAGAGAAAUGUUUUCUUUGGGAUAAAUAUUAACCCUAAAACUACCGUAUUUGAUUAAUUUAUACUUGACGUCUUUUGCAAUUUAUACUCACUUCAUAAGUAUUAAAUUUCACUUUAAUACCAUUCCUUCUGAUCAAGUGUCGUCACAUUUGGACUUACAAAAGAUUUGCCUUAACUUUGGACUUUUUAUGAAGUGUUGAUUGUAUUGAAGUUAUACUUUUCUCCAAUCAAAUUUUAAUGCUUAAAGGAUAUAUUAAGUAUAACUCAAGAAGUAAUUUGUCAAAAAGAUUGUUAAUUUUCUUAACAUGAAAAUACACACACAAAUAAAUAAAAUAUAUAUGUAUAAAUUUAAAUGUACAAAAAAGCUAGCUUUUUCUCUAAAGAAACGAAACUUAUAUGUUAAUUUAACAUUGUUCUUGUUUUUAUUUAUAUAAUCUAGUUGUAAUCAAACAAAAAAUCUUAUCUAAUAACUUGUUAUGUAAAAAAAUAUUUUAUAUCAUGUUUCGGAAAUUUAAAUUGCUUAAAUAAUCGGAGCAUAGGUUUUGUUAAAAAUAACAUAUGUAUUAGAAUUUAAAAAUGAAAAUCAGCUGUUUAAUUGCAAAAUAGAUCUUGCAUACAGAUGUUAAGAGUUCCAGGGUAAGGGCCCUCUCUUGGCAAAAUGAUGUAAGCAUGUGCAGGAAUAAACAUCUGAAGAAAGCAAAGCACUUUGUUAGCAGUUAUUAAAAAUAAAAUAAAUUUCACUUUAUGCUAAAAUGUUGAUGCUUUAUUUAAAUUCCAAUUUCAUGAAACUCUUUCUCAGUUCAUAAAAACUUUCAGAAAUAAAUUGUACUUUUUCCAGAUCAGUGUUUUGAUACAUAGCUGACUUUAAGGUCUUUCUUUCACCAAGGAGAAAAGAAAUAUAUGAAAUUUUUUGCAAGUUAUUUUUUAAAAGUAUGAAAUUUUAAAAGGGUUCUUGUGGUUGAAAAGUUGAAAGGUUUUUGAAAUGUUUGUUUGCAACAUUAAUGAAUUUGUGUUCAAAUUUUAUUCUAUUUUUAUUAAAGGUAUAUUUG